CUGUCACACUUUAUGCUGUCUCAUUGUAAACAAUUCAAAAUUUUAGCAUUUUCGCACAAAAAUGACCCCCGCAGCAGAUAAACCCCGGGAAAUCGGCUUCGACAGGCAAUUCUCCGCGGACGUGAAUGGCGUGCCCACGGAGAUAGUGUUCCACGGCUUCGCCAACAAGUGGUUCCUGGUCAUUACGCAGCUAGGCAAGAUUCCCGGCUUCUACAACGUGCACUUCGAUGUCCAGCGGGACGAGCGGGUGUUGCCCUACCUCCAUGGCCCCGUGGACAACCCUGAGUACCACGUCUCCGUGCCCAUUGAGAUGAACUGCUGCUUGGGCCUGGACACCGACGAGAUCCGCAGCGCCAUCCAGUUCUUGGUCAACCGAACCGGACUCCACAAGUGCCCCACGGACUUUGUGGUCGGGCUGGGCCUCAAAAACAUCGACGGACCCAACCUGCGGGCCCUAGCCAAGGUUCUCGAGGAAGCGAUCUUCUAGUCUACAAUUUUCAGUACUAUUAAAUAUUAGCUGCUACAGUUUUUGAACAAAAGUUUUGUUUGCCUUGUCUGUAAUUACUAUUCUUUUGUAUCAUAAAACGGAACGGAAAUCCUAA